AUGAAAGAUCUUAAUGUCAUCGUUGUCGGGGCGGGCAUUGGUGGCCUUCAGACCGCCUUGGCGCUGGCCGAGCGCGGCUUCAAAGUGACUGUUCUUGAAGCCGUCCAGGAGUUCACCGAGGUUGGCGCAGGAAUUCGAGUACCUCCUAAUUCGAAUUUGCUGAGUAAGUCAUGGGGCGUUGAUUUUGGCCAAAUCUCAAAGAACGUCUCUUGUGGCAAUCGCUUCGUUGACUGGAAAGGAAAGCCGCUUCUCGACAUACCCUUCGAACAGGACCUAGUUUCCAAGUACGGAGCACCAUACUACUUUCUCCACAGGGCUGACCUGAUGAACCUUUUGCUUGAAACCGCGCAGUCCAAGCCAAACAUCGAGGUCCGCUUUGGUUGCAAAGUCGUCCGAUACGACUUUGAAACCACCUCGGUGCAACUGGAGAACGGGCAGACUGUACAGAGCGACCUGAUUGUUUGCGCCGAUGGCAUUAAAUCGGCCAUCAGAGAUCUUAUCAACGGCGAGCCUUGUCCGCCGCUUGAUACUGGCGAUGUAGCCUAUCGGAUACUGGUGCCAGCAGCACCACUCCUGGAAGAUCCCAAGAUGAGCCACCUGGUAACAGAAGCCUGGGCAACACAUUGGAUAGGACCUUCUGCGCAUGCUGUAGGGUACCCUUUGCGUGGCGGAGAACUCUACAAUAUCAUCAUCGAUAUUACUCAUGAAACGGAUCCGUCUCCGCCUCUUUCAUUCUCAGACUGGAUGCAAAAGCACAGCAACACAGAACUGCUCCAACGGUUCUCCGAUUGGUGUCCUGAAGUCAAGGCGAUACUCUCUUUGACUGGUACCUACCUCAAAUGGAAGCUGGCCGACUUUGAUCAGCUCAAGACCUGGGUUCAUCCCUCAAACCGGGCCGUCCUAUUAGGCGACAGUUGCCAUCCCAUGAUGCCAUACCUCGCCCAAGGCGCUGCGCAAGCUACAGAAGACGCCGCCUGUCUCGCGGCCUGCCUCUCACAUUUUUCCUCGCUUGGCGCAGCCCUGAAGCAGUAUCAGCAGCAGCGAAAACCCCGCGCCGCUUAUAUAGCGAGAAAUACGAGAGUUUUGCAGGAAUGGUGGCAUGUGCACGAUGGCCCCCUUAAGGACAAGCGGGAUCAACUAAUGGGAUCAACGGAUGAAGACAACCCGAUGUUCUGGGGUUGUUCGAAGCGGAGAGACUGGCUUUUUGGACACGAUGCCAGUACCAUUGGCGAGCCGAGAUCCGUAGCAGACGGCAUUCCAGACCUGCCUCCAGAGGUGAAACCUGAAGACAGUGUUUAUCAACGUGCGAGACAUGAAUUGUCCACUAAUCCUUAG